GAACAUGAGCUGUCGCUUGCACCGCAGCCAGCAGCAGUUGCCGAGGACAACGAGCUGAUCGUUGCCGCGGAGCCGGCUGCAGUUCUCGAGGAUGACAAGGACAAGGAGGACGUUCCAUCCAUGCAGGCCUUGCUCGCCCAGAUCGACAAUGACAACCUCGAGGAACACCAGCUGACGGCUUCACCUGAACCAGCUGCGGUUGCCAAGGAGGAGCUGAGGGCUUCAGCUGAGCCAGCGGCAGUUGAAGAGGACGAAGUCGAUGAGGCCAAGUCCACCGGCGCUGUGGAGCCGGAGGAACAUGGGCUGUCGCUGUCACCGGAGCCAGCAGCAGUUGCCGAGGAGAACGAGCUGAUCGUUGCUGCUGAGCCGGCUACAGUUCUCGAG